AGGGGAGGGGAGGGGGGGGAGGCCGAGACACGGAGCCGAGAGCGGGAUGCUGGGAGGCGGCGGCGACGGCGGCCAUGUUGCCGUAUCCCGAGAGAAGAGAGAACGAUCCGAGAGAGCACCUUCGUGAGGCUGCUUCGUUUGUUGCUUGCAGCGGCUGCCCAAACUUUGGGUGGUUUAAUUCUACCUGUUGGGCCGCACAGUUCGGGGUGUAGUGCAUCCGUUCCACCCUCGAGUUCGCUCGGCGAACAGCGCGCGAGAAGCAACGAGAGCAGAGGAGAAAACGAGAGAGAGAGAGCUCGUUACGAGAGUCUCGCGCGGCUUCGACACGCACCGGACGUCGCUCGAUCUGUCGCGCCGGAGUAUAGUACGCUCGCGUCCGCGAUCCACGGCGACGAUGUCGUCGAUGUGCUUCCCGUACACCACGUCGCCGUUCACCGCGUCCACCGCGUCGCCGUCGCGUUCCUCACCGUCGUUGUUGUCGCGGCACCCGUCGUCGCACCCGUCGUCGUCGUCAUCGUCGUCGUCGCAGCCGCGGUCCGCGCGAGCGUGCGCGUGUGCCUGAAGCCGGUGUGCAAGUGCGAAGAUCGUGGACAGACGAUCCGGUUUGGAAAAACCGUUCCCGUGACUCCGGAUCCUCGUGACUCGUCGAAAAGAGGGGUGUGCGCGAAAGGAACGAUAGCGCUUGGUGACUGGCUGCUAAGCGGAACGCGGUCGAGGAAUGGACCAGAAACGAGGAUAAUGAGGUGCGCGGAGUGAAUUUUGUGAGUUACACGGCCGCUUCUUUGUCUCGUUGUCCGUCUCACUCGUCGAAUCCCAGUCGGAGGAAAAUCUCGAACGCGAACUUUGCGUGCCUGGGACCGCGCGAAAACGGACAGAAAGAAGGAGAAGAAGAGGAGGAGGAAGAAGAAGAAGAGGAAGAGGAGGAGGAAGAAGAAGAAGAAAAAGAAGAAGAAGAAAAAGAAGAGGAAGAAGAAGAAGAGGAAGAAGAGGAAGAAGAAACGAUAACUCAUCGUGUGUCGAACCAUCCCGAUCUGCCUGUGCACCUCUCUUCAAUCAAGUUUCAAUCAAGUGCCAUACAACGCUCAGCAGAAGACUGUGAUACCUAUGCCUAGAAUCCGUUCGCUCAUCACGUAGACGAUAUUAGACGAGAAUUUAGUCGAAGAAGAAAGUGGAAGAGGAGUGGGAGGCUCGGUGGAGUACACCACGUCGAUAGAAAGAAACGCCACUAUUAGACGAACUGGAAAGAGAAGCGGAAGACUGCGAGGGAGAAUGUCGACUUGCACCGACGAGGCCGACAACGCACCCCUGCACAUGCAGGAGGCUCUAUCCCCGGUGCAGGAGGGGCCAGUGUCCCCGGCAUCCUCCUCGCUGAGCAACCAGAAUCAAAACGAGAGCGAGCAGCAGGUGUUACUGGCGACGAUGCAGCCUGUGAACGUUCUAGACCUGCACGAGCCAGCCACAGUUCACUCGCUCCAUCCCAAGUACCAUCAUCACCACCACCGUCAUCACCACCAUCACCACCAUCACCACCAUCAACAGCAACAGCACAUUCAGCCGGAUCCGGACGACGUGCAACAAAGAGGCGACGAUCCAGACGGUAGAGUGACGCCUGGCGCCGACCCAGCCACAGCCAACACGGCGCUGGGCGUCGGUGAGCACAAGAUGAUCGACCUGAUCUACAACGACGGCCAGAAGACCGUCAUGUACACCCACGACAAGGAGAUCAUCUACGAAAACGAGGCGGAUCGCGUCCAAGUGGUCGAGUAUCCACCCCCGCCGCCCUCGCCGCCAUCCCCGUCGCCACCCUCCGCGGUCACCAGAGCUGGACUACUGCCGCCCGCCUGCGUCACGCCCAGAUCCGGCUCCGCGACAGCGUUGCACCUUCAUCAUUACCCCCAACUGCAGUUGCAACACGAGGACGACCUUCCACCAGGUGUCCGCCACGCGGUGAACGCCACUGUGCCGAAUUGUGGCGCGGCCACGACCACCACUACCGUGUUGGUGCUCUCGGAAUUGGUCGCCGCCGAUCCAGCCGCUGGUGCCGCUGCUGCUCAACAACUCACCCUCACCGCUGCCGCUGCCGCCGCGUCCCUUCGUGCUGGGUAAGUUUUUCAUUAUUCUCAGAGAGUGGAGGUGUUCGAUUCCCUCGUUUUAUUACGAUGUAUCCAAGAUGGAACAGUGUACAGUGUCGUAUCGUUCGACGAUGCGAGAUUGGAAUCCGUGGCGGGAGACCCCGGGCUCGGCCCGGGGUCUACACACCCUUCGCC